AUGCCUCAUCGGAACAUUCUGUUAAUGGUCGCCGAUGACCUCGGCAAGCAAUUGGGCUGUUAUGGAAACAAAAAGAUUCAGACGCCUAAUCUCGACCAGCUAGCCGCAGAGGGGUCUCGUUUUGACCAAGCUUUCACUAGCACAGCAUCCUGCAGUGCGAGUCGAUCGGUAAUCUACACUGGUCUCCACACUCACCAAAAUGGGCAAUAUGGACUUCAUAAUGGGCGCCAUCAUUUCACCACCCACGACCAUGUCGAGACUGCCCCUGUACUGCUCUCGAAACAUGGAUAUACCACUGGUCUGAUUGGAAAGGUACAUGUUGGUCCUUCUUCCGUUUACCCGUGGGAUAUGCGAGCCGAGAGUGACAGUCGUGAUGUUGCCUCGGUCGCCGACCAGGCCACUGCAUUCUUCGAGAACUCCAAGUCAGACGACAAGCCAUUCUUCUUGACUAUCGGUUUCAUUGAUCCGCAUCGCGAUUGGACCCGCUCUGGAUUCGGUAACGAUGGUCAGUAUGACCCACGUGUGAAGACUAUCGAUUAUACUACCGAGGAUGUGGAGAUACCACCUUUCGUCAACGAUCUGCCUAAGGUGCGGUACGAAUUUGCAGAGUAUUAUAAGGCCAUCUCUCGUCUCGACCAAGGCGUUGGUAUGGUACUGCAAGGAUUGAAGGAGAGCGGCUUGAGUGAAGAUACACUUGUUCUCUUCUUAAGCGACAAUGGGCCUCCAUUCAUCAAUUCCAAGACAACUCUAUAUGAUGCAGGAGUCUGUCUACCCAUGAUCAUGAAGUGCCCAGGAUCCAUGGCCGGGGUGGUGAAUCCAAAUAUGAUUUCGUAUGUCGACAUCCUGCCAACACUGCUUGACUGGGCUCAUCAUCCGGAUCCUAAGAACCCAGCCCGUCUUGGGCGCUCAUUUCUUCCGAUUCUUGCCGAGAAGUCCCAGCUUGAUGAAUGGAGCGAAGUUUUCGGCUCACACACAUUUCAUGAGAUAACGAACUAUUGGCCUACCCGCUUCAUGCGUAAUCGUCGCUUCAAAUAUCAUCGCAAUAUCGCCUGGAGACUUGAUUUCCCUUUCGCUGCUGAUAUCUAUGGCUCGUUGACCUGGGAGGAGAUCCGGAACUCGGAGAACAGCCCCAAAAUGAUUGGCCCUCGUCCGCUCAAGGAUUACUUUUUCCGUCCCGCAGAGGAGCUGUACGAUAUUCAGGCUGAUGCGGACGAAGUGCACAAUCUUGCCAAGGAUCCGGAAUAUGCACAAGUACUGGAGGACAUGCGGAAUGCCAUGGAGAAGUGGCAAGGCCGGAGUGAGGAUGCAUGGCUGUAUCGCGAUGGAGUCUCAAUGCUCCUGGUUCAACAUCACAUCGACGCUGGCUUAGAAAUUCCAGAUCGCUGGGACUUUGAUGCUGAUGUGCCACAAAGCAAAGAUCAGCCCAAAUUCGCAGCCAAUUUUGCCUGGGGAGCCUAG